AUGUACCGGCUCCUGAGCCCGAGCCUGGGCCUAGGCCUCCUGCGGGCCGCGGGGCGGCGGUGCCGGACCUGCUCGGCGCGCCUGCUCCCGGGGCCCGCUGGGGGCCGGGCGCCUGAGGUGGCGGUGCCGGCAUUCCGAGUCGCGCCGCGCGGCGGAGGCCCGGGCCUGCUGCCGCUGCUGGCAGCGCUCGCCUGGUUCUCGAGGCCCGCUGCGGCAGAUGAGCAGGAGGAGCGGCAGGGAGCGGGCGGGGCCGCCGCCGAGGGUGCGGCGGACGAGACCGAGGCCGAGAUCAUCCAGCUGCUGAAGAGAGCCAAGUUGAGCAUCAUGAAAGAUGAGCCAGAAGAGGCUGAGCUGAUUUUACAUGACGCUCUUCGUCUUGCCUAUCAGAGUGAUAACAAGAAGGCCAUCACUUACACUUACGAUUUGAUGGCCAACUUAGCAUUUAUACGGGGUCAGCUUGAAAAUGCGGAAAAACUUUUUAAAGCAACAAUGAGUUACCUGCUUGGAGGGGGCAUGCAACAGGAAGACAAUGCAAUAAUUGAAAUCUCUCUAAAGCUGGCCAGUAUCUAUGCUGCUCAGAAUAGACAGGAAUUUGCUCUUGCUGGCUAUGAAUUCUGCAUUUCAACUCUAGAGGAAAAAAUUGAAAGAGAAAAGGAAUUAGCGGAAGACGUUUUGUCAGGUAGGGAAACCUGACUGUUUUCUGGACGUUGCUUUUUGCCUCGGAGCUUUAACGCUGUAAUAGAGGGACGCGAACGUGCAUCGGG